CAUGCGCAUGCGUCACUGAAUAGAGGGAAGGGGGACGCGCUGUAACAGCACGAAAGCGACCAAGCGAACCGCUACAUCUACCAGAGACCUUGAUUCCAACCAGACAAACGCUAAACUAUCGUUUCUUUUCGCAUAUCCGCUAUUCAGUCGGGUGAACAUUGAUGGUAUCACUACAUCACUGCCUUGUUUUUUCCUGUGUGCGCGCCCUGCGGACAAGCCGUAUUUGCCUUUUUUCCCACGCAGUGAAUUGUCACCAGAACCAACGGCAACUUGGUUGCAACAUCACUGUGCAGUACAACAGGCUCGCUCCACGGAUUAAACCUCCUGUGUCGAGCAGCACUGCUGGAAGAGGUCCAGACCCAUUAAUUCAGAACCACUGAGCACGCAAUCUUUUGAAAUGAAAGAGGGAAAAGGGAGGGGCUUGAGGAUUCACAUUCUGUGGAGUAAAGUCUGCAGAACGUCCCUGUGGUGGUGUUAAUCGAUCCUGUGGUUUCCACUCCUUGGCUGUCUCCAAGUUUGGGCGUGCAUGAUUUAGUUGUAGAUUUACAGCAGUAUUACAUUACUGUUGUUGCAAUGUUGCAAGUACAUGUGCAUGCACGCACAUCUUAAAAUAGAUAUUCAGCUGUGCACUCCCUCACUUUGGUAUUGAUUUUCAGGGAUGUGUUGGUUCUGAAGCACUGUCAGGCAUGUUCAGUACAACCAUUCGCUCGUACAGAUGGCUCUGGCUUGCAGAUCACGAAUCAGGAAGAUUGCAGAUGAGAUGGGCAUUGUGAAUUAAAGAGUCAGAUGUGCAGCGUCAAAUGCCUUUUAAUCUGCUUUAAGAUGGAAUCUGAACUCUCCAAAACACAGUGGAACAAAGCACACACUGCUGAGGCUGAUGUGAUGCUGUUUGAUCGCAUAUUUCCUUCAAUUCAGGGACCAAGUGGGAGUCUAGCAUGAGCCUCUUAAACUGAUCAGCCUUCAUCUGACACCCCCCCCCCCACAUCUUCCUCUUUCUCUUGUUCUUUCUUUUUUUUUUUUCACCUUGGUGUCUCUGUCGUCUGCUCUGUCCACGCUCCCCUUGUGUUUUUGCUUCUUUGCAUUCAUUUGUUUCUCUGCCACUCCCAUUUUAUCCAUCCUCACUGGAGCCCAAGCCUAGUCAGGGUGGGGUGUGGGAGGGCAGGGGAGUAUUUCUUCUAUGACUAGAUGAACCUCUGCAUCAUCAUUUACACAUCAUUUAGAGCAGUUCCACUUUAAACCCUUCUCGGAAGGGGAGGGUUGCUAUUCACUUUAAAAGAAGUGCUAAUUGGUCUUCCUCUUUUCUGUACCCAUCACUAGGAUGACCUCAUACACUGCGUAGACAUGAGAGAGUCAAGGAGUACGUGAAAAUGUCCCAGAAGACAACUAAAACAUGGUGCCUUAGGCUUCUCCCAGUUCUCUUCUUCUUCAUCUCUUUUGCCACAUACUACUGUUCCAAUGCCAUACUUCAGAGCUAUGGAGGCACCAGCAAGCCUCUGAACAGUAGCAAGACUCUGUGUGGUGGCUGGCUAACCCAGAAGAAGUGGGAGAGCCUUAACUUUAACAUUAGCAGACGAACGCAGCUCUUCCUGAAACUAGAGGAUUUCUUCUGGCGGGAGCAUCUGUCAAAGCUGGCAUUACCUUAUGGCAUUAAGGGCAGUGAACUGCUGCUACUGAAAGUUCUUGCUGUAACUGCAAAUUACCAGGUGCCAGCCAACAUUGAAAAGCUUGAGUGCAGAACCUGUGUGGUUAUAGGCAAUGGCUUUGCUAUCAAAAACAGCUCCUUGGGAAGCAUCAUCAACAAAUACGACGUGGUCAUUCGGUUGAAUAAUGCCCCAGUGAGAGGCUAUGAGGAGGACGUGGGGAACAAGACCACCAUGAGGUUCUUCUACCCCGAAUCAGCCUCCUACAACCCUGGACUGCACAAUGACCCCAGCACGCUCAUGGUCCUGGUGCCUUUCAAACAGCAAGAUCUCCGGUGGCUCAAAGAAAUCCUCUAUAAUGAGAAGAGGGUCAGAAAAGGCUUUUGGAAGCCCCCUCCCCAAAUCUGGUUGGGUGAUGUCAGUACAAUCAGAGUGCUGGACCCCCACUUCUUACACCAGACUGCAGACAGACUACUCCGGAUUCCUCUGCACCCCAAGAGUAAACAGAAUCCAGUGCAUCCUACCACGGGUAUCCUUGCUGUGUUUGUUGCUCUCAACUACUGUGAUGUGGUCCAUGUUGCUGGUUUUGGAUACCCAAACUCAAAGAGCCAAAAGCAACCUAUCCAUUACUAUGGAUAUGACACCAUGAGGUCCAUGAAGAAUUCUUACCAUGACCUCAAUCAUGAAGCUGAAGCCUUAAAAAGACUGGAGGAUUCAGGAGCUAUUUUGUACCUGCAUCCACAUUUAUGAUACACACACUCUUCCAGUUUGAUUCAACCC